AUGAGCGACCCGGUGAUGGCGGCAGACGGGCAUGCUUACGAGCGGUCGGCGAUCGAGCGCUGGCUCGCGACCAAGUCGACGAGCCCGAUGACGGGCGAGGAGCUCCAGCACACUUGCCUCGCCAAUCAUCACAUGCUCCGCCGAAUGAUUCGAGAGCCGCUGAUCGCUCACCACGCCAAGGCGCUCGGCGCCGCUCGCAGCCAAGGCCCGGCCGCCUCAGCGCCGCAGCAGCAGGCGACGACAGCAGCGGCCGUUCUCGGCCUGUGCUCGCAGCCGAUCAUGUGGUGGAGCCUUUACACGCUCAAGACCACCGGGUGCGGCCUGCCUGCUGGGCCCUUCGGCCUCCUCGGCGCGGCGGAGGGGAUUUCAUAUCUCGUCGUCAUCGGUUUUGUUGCCGCCGCUCUGCUGAGCAAAGCCACGAGCGGCUCGGGCCUCCCUGCCGGUCCGGGCGGCCUCCUGGGCGCUGCCGAGGGCCUGUCCUUCUUGACUGCUAUCGCGGGUCUCGUUGUGCUCGGCUUCCAGUUUCAGGACUACGGGUAUUUGCCCGAGGCGGUGCCAACCCAUGAGACCAUCCUCACCGCGCUAUCGGGCGCCUCCACCGCCGCCCUCAGCCACGCCGCUACGACCGUCGGAGGCGUCAACUCCGCCGUCACAUGGUAUCAGCUCUGA